AUGGGAAGAAUCGUGGAAAUUAAAAAAGGAAGAGAUGGAAUUGUAAGAACAGCAGACGUAAAACUUUCGAAUGGCAAGAUCUUUCGACGACCAAUCAAUCUUCUCUAUCCGUUAGAGCAAGAAAUACCACGUGGAGUGUGGAAAAUGGGAAGAAUCGUGGAAACUGAAAAAGGAAGAGAUGGAAUUGUAAGAACAGCAGACGUAAAACAUUCGAAUGGCAAAAUCUUUCGACGAUCAAUCAAUCUUCUCUAUCCGUUAGAGGUUAACGAAGAAGAUACUACAGAGGAAAAAGGAGAAAUGGUGUCAGGAGAGCGUGAAGGUGAGGUUAAGAAAACAGCUGAAUCAACGGCCAUCAAUAACGGCGCUCCUAUCUCUUCUAAGAUAAGGAGUCACAACGUGGCGGCAAUCAAGCAACAAAUCAGCAGGCUGGAAAGUAACAAUCGUCUAGACGGAACGCUGGCCGGUGUUUUUCAGGCAGUGGUUCGCUAA